GUGUGCCUUGAUCAGCGUCAACCAGAAGUUUUAUGUCACAGGACAGACGGUUUUUGUUUAUAUUUUGUCACUUGUUUCUUUAAUUUGAAGUUUCUACUUAUGGAAUGUCCCAUCAUUUCACGAAUACAGAAAGUCAUCCUCUAUGAGACGAAGGCAAGGUUCUACGUUGUGGGUUCAAACAAGACAGAAACAUGUUAUCGUGUCUUAAAAGUGGACAGAACGGAGCCAAAGGAACUGGUCAUCCAAGAUGACAAGGCAGAAUACUCCAUGGUUCAGAUCCGAAAUCUGUUGACAAUGAUCAAACAUGGUAACAUAAAUAAGGACUCUAAGCUAAAGGCUGGAGACUCACCUCUGGCCAAAUCUGUCUCAGCAUUUGGUAUAUUUGGAUUUGUCCGAUUUCUGGAAGGAUACUAUAUUGUGUUGAUAACAAAGCGCCGAAAGGCAGCAGUACUAGGACCACAUGUAAUCUACAAGAUUGAAGAUACAGCAAUGAUCUACAUCCCUAAUGACAAUAUUCGAUCGUCCAGUUACAGCUACUCUGAGGAACAAAGAUAUUUGAAGAUGUUUCAGAGCAUAGAUCUUUCAAGUAACUUCUACUUCAGCUAUAGCUAUGAUUUGACCCAUACGCUCCAGUAUAAUAUGACCACUGCGAUUGACCCUGUGACCUUAGGUCAGCCAGAGUGUACUGAAUCAACACCACCCUUGAAGGUCUGGGAACAAUCUGAGUCAGAAUCAAGGCAAAAAACAGCAGAGGAACAGAAAGUUGACUCUGAUAUGGGGCAAUCAGCAGAGACAAAUAAAAAGGAAGAAGUUAUAUAUGGUGUGCGGUCUGUGCCAGAGGAGAAAUAUGUUUGGAACCAUUUCCUUCAACGAAACUGUAAAGACAUAAUACACAGAGACUGGUUGAUUCUUGUUACACAUGGUUUUGUAGAUCAGCGCAAUAUUUGUGUUUACGGUAAACCUUUGUACCUGACUUUGAUUGCCAGAAGGUCAAAUCAAUUUGCUGGAACAAGAUUUUUGAAAAGAGGAGCUAACUGCAAGGGAGAUGUGGCCAAUGAAGUGGAGACGGAACAGAUCCUUCAUGAUGCAUCAAUCACUUUCCUAGAGAGGGCUAACAUCACUUCCUUUGUCCAGAUGAGGGGUUCUGUUCCUCUCUACUGGUCACAAGAUGUGUCAAAGAUGGUCCCAAAACCUCCAAUCAUGAUUGACCAGAUAGAUCCAUAUGCGGGUGUAGCAGGAAGGCAUUUUAAUGAGGUACUCAAACGUUAUGGAGCACCUGUCAUCAUCUUAAAUCUGGUCAAGAAAAAGGAAAAGAAGAGACAUGAGAGUAUACUCACAGAUGAGUACAAGAAAGCUGUCAAUUACCUCAACCAGUUCCUGCCUCCUGAACACGCCCUCAAGUACAUCAGUUUUGAUAUGGCUCACAUCAGUAAAAAUAAAGAUGUGCUACAGAGAAUGGUGAGCUUCGCAGGCAAGUGUGUGAAGCUAUGUGGACUGUUUGUACACAAAUCUAAGAAGGUUGGGGAGGAGUUCUGGCAGUCCAACAGUUUACGUGGACUACGAGGUGUGAAGACUGAGUAUGGCAGUAAGCAGACAGGUGUAGCACGUACCAACUGUGUUGAUUGUCUUGAUAGGACCAACACAGCACAGUUUGCCCUCGGCAAAUACGCCUUAGCUUAUCAGCUUUACAUUCUAGGAAUUUUAAAAGAACCGAAGUUAGAAUUUGAUACAGUAUGUACUAAAAUGUUAGAACAGUUGUACGAGGAUCAGGGAGACACUAUAGCAUUACAGUAUGGUGGCUCACAACUCGUCCAUCGUAUCGAGGGCUACCGUAAAACUGCUCCCUGGACAGCCCACUCCAAGGACAUAAUGAACACUAUUUCUCGGUACUACAGCAAUACAUUUGCAGAUCUUGAAAAACAGCAGGCCACCAAUGUUUUCCUGGGUGUAUUUGAGCCAGUGGAAGGAAAGCCAAACAUAUGGGAAUUACCAACAGAUUUCUACCUCCAUAAUAAGGAUUUCGGGGCCAAACUGACUCAGAUACGGAGGAGUUACUCACAGUGGUGGGAGGUGCCGGUUUACAGAAGCUUACCGUUGCCAUGGAAACAAGUGUCCAAACCACAGACGUCUGAGGUAGUAUGUGUGGACCAAGUUGAGGAGAAAGUGAACCUGUUUGAGGAGUACUACCGCACUACGGAACUGACCUUCUUCCAAGACAUCUUUACACAUUCUCUCUACCCAACAUUCUCCAAGGAUGUUAAGCCUCGGACAGCCAAGGUGGAGAGUCCCUUUACCAGGAGAGUUCAGCCUGAAAGGGAGAACACUGUCCAGGAAGUUAAUCCAAAUAUCAGUGGCAAGGAUUCUACCUCCUCAACCACCUCAACAGGAUCUGAGUCCAGUGAAAGUAGCUCAGAUGAGGUAGAGUUACUAUACAUUGAUAUCUCCAGCUCCCAGUCGGACUCAUCUGCCGACUGUGAGGGAUCACAGAACCUACAUAAGAAGAAAGAUCUGGAGACAAAAAGUGACUACGGCAUUGAUCUCGGUGAACCACGCACUUACGACAUGAACAAGUAUAAAAGAUAUGUGAAUCUGGGUCGUGCUUGCUUGGGCAAUGCUGACCUGCUAGACACUCGAUAUUGGACCAGGGAUUGGACUCAUAGGUGUAACAGGGUCAUGGACAUAGGUGUUGCCAGUGUGUUCAAGCUUGGUAGUAGUUAUGAAGUGGAGCCCCCACCUGUCAACAAACAAGACCAGCUACUCUACCACAAAUAUGUCAUGUGUGGGGAAAAUGGUGCAACUAAUCCUUCAAAGGACCAAAUCAGAUUCUACAAACGUUAUAUCUCUAAGAACAUGAAAUGAGUUUUAACUUUCUUGGCUCUUUAGCAAUUACACUUGUUCUCCAAGAGUGUUUAAUUCAUGCCUAGUAACUCUGGUCAGCCCAUCUGAUAUCAGAGAGUCAUCCCCCUACUGAAGGCUUAUCACAGGGUAAAUUUAAUGAAUACAGUACUGUAUAGGCAUAAAUGAAGACAUUUUUAAUUAUUUGGUUCUGCACUCCAGGAUUUCAUUUUUUUUGAUGUUUUCUUUUUUUUUGUUUUUGUUUUUUUUUUUAUUUUUGUACUAUAAAAUUUCAAAUUUCAUGCAGGUAUUUUAAAAUUAAUAAUGAGCCUUAUGAUUAAUUCAUCUAAUGGACAUUUAUAACAUUUUAAAACUGGCAUGUAAAUGUAUAAAUUUAAGAAUAUUACACAUAAAGAUGAACUACUGUGUGAAAAUCUUACACAGUUUAUACUUAUGUUUCAUGUUAUAUACGAUUUUUUAUAGUAAAGACAUAUGUUAUCUAUUAUAAUUAAGGACACAUGUGAUCCAUUACAACAGUUUAAAGACAUAUUCUACCUAUAACUGUUAAGGGCUAUCCCAGUAAAAUAUCAACCCAACAGGUACUCUAACUUACAACAGAAGAGGCAGCUGGUUGGCCGAUUUAUUAGCUGAUGUUAUUGUGCUGAUCGCUAACUCUUAUUUCCUAGGCAUUAUUUCUUUGAUGCUUGGAAAGAAAGAAUUGAUUUAAUCUGACAAAUAUGUGAACUUACAGUAUAUGCAUUAAUGAUCCCAUUUGAAUGCUCCGAUCAGUAUAAGAUAGCAUCAAAAUGAUUAUCAAACUCAAACUCCCAUGGCAGGGUUGACCAAGCUUUCAUACAUGUACAAAAGCAAUUCUGUUUUAUUUCCUUUGUGGAUAUGUACAUUCCGUUUUUAUAUUUUUGUAGCUCUUCAGUGAAGUGUGUUAAAGUUCCGUCAUCUUUACGUUGGAAGAGGAAAAAAUGAUUAUUUAUCCAUUUUUUCGUGGAAGAAUUUAUAUUUUGUCUUUGAUUGGUGGCAAGGACUGAUUCCUUUGAUUAAUACUUUGAUCUUUUAACCCUUUUUAUGCAAAAACUUAUUGAAAUCCAAACUUUGAAAAUGUGACAGCCAGCAUAAGGUAAAUCACCAGAAGAAAGUUAGAGGUCACACAGCUCCUAUCAUAAAUUUCUCACUUUGUCAUUCUUAUUAUUGUUGGAGUAUCCGCUGUGAGGACUUCAUGUUUGUCUAUCAGGGACAACCCAUAGAAGUGAUUUAAUUCAAACACUGUCAUUUUAGUAAGCAUGUUUUGUCUUCAGUAUCCACCAUGUACACAGGCGCUUGCAUAGAAAAUGAGAAUUAAGAAAAAAUGAUAUCAGUGGUAUGUGUAAAAGUGUUGUGCUUUACAGAGUACAUAUACCACUGUCAUAUAGAAAAAAAAAAUGAAAAUCACAUUUUCUAUGCAAGCGCCUGUGACCAUGCAUAGAAUUUCUUUUCUUUGAGUCCAUCCUUAUGGUAUAUUAAAUUUCACUGGAAUAGCCCUAAGGACAUGUGCUACCUCUAACUGUUAAGUAUGUAUGCUACCUAUUAUAAACUGGUAUACAAUUUUUGGAAAAAAGUCAUCCGAGAACAUCAUAUCAAUAUAUAAACAAUAUAGGUUAGGAUACACAACUAUCCAUCGGCAUAUAUAUCAACUUUCAUUAUGCAGCUUUUUGUGCUUUCACUUAACAAUUCCAUCAGCCACUUAGACAACUUAAGAACAGCCAUGACUUGACCUCUCAGGAACAUAUCCAGGCUGAACAGGCUGAAGAUUUCCCUCUUAUAAUUUAGACAGCAGUUAUUCUGUUAAAUUAAUGGAAUAUUACUGUUAUAUCAACAUGAAAAAUGGAAAGAUUGCAUUUCUAAUUAACUUAAGAAAGAAAUCAAUGAAUAUUAACUCCUUGAACCAGUGAUGUCACAUCUCAUCCAGUCAUGACUGGUGAGUUGUGUGUUGUACUGUAUGUUAUAUACCAACAUAAUUACAAUUUGAUUUGGAGCCAAGAUAUGAACAUUUCAUCUGCUAUCAUGUGAGGGUCACAAUCAUUCAUUUAUUUACCACCGAAACAUUAUAUGGAUAAAUAUUUGAAGUCUAAACACAAUUUAAGACUUGUUGUAGAUUUUCUGUGAGACAAUCUCUUGCAAAAGAUAAUCUUUUCACACUUAUGGAUUGCCCCUUAACAGUAAUUCUUUGGAGAUUUUUGGUUUUAUCAAUACUUUCAUUCAAUCAUUUUAUUUCAUAAAAAUACUAUUAUAACCCUGUGUCCUGCAAUCAGCUAUAUGAGACCAAAAUUUUGCAUUUUUGCCAAAACUCCAGUAGAUUUAAGGAGUAUGCCUUGGUGAUUUUGUUGAAGUGUUUUCAGUUUUGUCUUUAUGUGUUAGGAGACAGUUUACAGGGAUCUGUGCAAUAAAAUCUCUUAAAACAUAAUGGAAGAUU